AUGGCAGAUGGUACCUACAGGUUCCAGCAGCCUGGGGCCGGGCAGUUCUUCUUCCAAACACAAGCGCAACAACACUCUCACCAACGUCACCUCGCACGGAACGGGACCAACUCCCCGACUGGAAGACUAAAAUUUAGCCACGAGACCCCUUCACCCUCCCGCUCCCCUCCUCUCAGCCAAGCAGCGGCUCUCAAUCCCUUCACGAUGUACAGCCAAACCCACCAAGGGCAGCAUGUCAUGAUAAAUGGCGGCCAGACCCACCAACGCUUUGGCAUGCAGAUGCCUAAGUUCCAGUCGCAAAGCCAUCAUCCGCAUCCUGCUCAGCAACCCCAUCACCAUGCCCACCAUAACCAAGCUUCCCACAACAUUAGCCACCAACACAACUUCUCCAGCGGGGCAUUGGCUGCCGCUACUCCGCAUUUCACUCCCGGUCCCCUCCAGAACGGGGCUCAUGUCAAUGUUGAGGAGGAACUCGAGGACUCCAUGAACGAACAUUGGCAGCAACAGCUUCAACUAGCGGCGGAGUCGCGACAGGCCAAUUCACCCCACUAUUAUGCUCGGACAGUUGCUCAGCAGACUAAAGGCAUUCAGAUCGCGCCCAGCCAUCCCGAACCACAAGAGAAUGGAGGUGAAGAGAGAAAUGGCGUUGUCAAAUCGAAAGCAUCCUCGCGGCAAGGUUGGCAUGCUCUCGAUUUCGGCGGACAAGGCUUGCGGGCUCUGUCGUCGUCCCUCUUCAGUUACACCUUUCUCGAGAAAUUGUAUCUGAACCACAACAAGCUCAAAACUCUUCCUCCGGCCAUUGGACAAUUGCGGAAGUUGACUCACUUGGAUCUUUCGAGCAACGACCUUACCGAGCUUCCCGAGGAGAUUGGUAUGCUCACAAGCUUGAAACAACUUCUGCUCUUUGACAACAAUAUUCGCACGCUACCUUACGAAAUGGGUUAUUUGUACAGGCUGGAGAUGUUGGGUAUAGAAGGAAACCCGCUGAACGACGUUUUGAAGUCUCAGAUCAUCAAGGAGGGCACGAGAGCUCUGAUCAAGUAUCUGAGGGAAGAAAUGCCAGUUCAACUUUCACCACCCGAUCGAGACUGGGUCAUUCUGGACGAGACCGCGAAUUCCCGCAACGCUCCCACCGAGAAGGUCACCGUUCUCUCUUACAACGCGCUGUGCGAAUCGUCUGCCACUGCAUCCCACUUCGGCUAUACUCCUUCACGUGCGCUGUCAUGGGAGUAUAGACGAGAGCUUAUCCUGAGCGAGUUGAGGUCCCACGACUCGGACAUUGUCUGUCUUCAGGAAGUCGACCAGGGAAGCUACAAUGGAUUCUUCAGGGAGCAGCUGGCGUACAACAAUUACAAGGGUGUUUAUUGGCCUAGAGGACGCGCCAUGGGUAUGCAAGAGGAGGAAGCCAAGAAUGUCGAUGGUUGCGCUACCUUCUUCAAAGACAGCAAAUUCAUUCUCCUCGACAAGCAGUUGAUCAACUUCGGUCAGACGGCCGUACGGAGGCCCGACGCCAAGGGCCAAGACGACAUCUAUAACCGCCUUUGGCAGAAGGAUCACAUUGCUGUUGUCGUAUUCCUGGAAAACCGGUUAACUGGCUCACGCUUCAUCGUUGUCAAUGCCCAUCUCUAUUGGGAUCCCGCUUUCAAGGAUGUCAAGUUGAUUCAAACGGCCAUCCUGAUGGAAGAAAUCACCAAGCUCUCCGACAAAUAUGCCAAGUGGCCUGCCUGUACCGAAAAGACGGCGUUCCGCUUUGCUGAUGCAGGGGGCAAUGAGACCGAAAACCCUCCGGAAUGCGCGCCAUCCAUGGAGUAUAGCAGCGGCGAGCAGAUCCCGCUCUUCAUGUGCGGAGACUUCAACUCUGCGCCUGGAUCAGCGGCCUACAAUCUGGUCGCCAAUGGCCGGCUUACGGAGGCACAUCCCGAUCUGGAGAAGCGCCUUUACGGCAACCUCAGCCGAGUUGGUAUGACGCAUCCGUUCAAGCUGAAGUCUGCCUACAAUUCCAUCGGCGAGCUCAGCUUCACAAACUACACGCCGGAUUUCAAGGAUAUUCUGGACUACAUCUGGUUUUCAUCGAAUACACUUCAUGUGUCGGCGUUACUUGGGGAGGUGGACAAGGACUAUCUGCAGAAAGUGCCCGGAUUCCCCAACUUUCAUUUUCCAAGUGAUCAUAUCGCAUUAUUUGCGGAGUUUACCAUUAAAGGGAAAAAGGGCAAGGUUGUGGAAGCGGAUUUUGGACCGCAACGGAAUUGA